CCAAAAUAAUAAGAUUCAGAAUAAAAAUUCUUGGCUAUAUACUGAACUUGACAAAAAGCAAUAUGAAGAGUUAUUUUAUUUACUGAUGGAUAUGAAUAAUAAAAUUAAUAAAGAAUUUACUAAUUAUCUUUCUGCUAUUUUAGAUGAGUUUUGUGUUGAGAAAAAUCAAGAAACGAAUAUGAUUAAUAAAAUAAAACAGACUUGCCCUAACUGCAAUAAUAAAUUACCAACAAUUGCUAAAAUAAUUGAUAAAUAUAAGACAAUAAAUGCUACUGAAAAAUCAACUG